AUGAUAUGUUCAGCUCUCGGUCUUUGGCCAAAGAAUUCUCGAACUUCUCAAUCGAAGAAGAGUUCAAUAGCAUCACAUACGACGGCAAGUACAGAUGAAGAACAAGAGAGAGAGAAUGAAGUUGCCGAAAUGGAUUAUGUGACAAGUUCGUUAAUAAAUGCAAAUGAUAUUGAUGUGGGAAGUGGUGAUGAAGAGAAGGAGGGUGUAGAGAGUGAGGAGAAAGAAAAUGAAGAUGAAAAGUGUGUGAAUGAUGAUGAAUGUGGUGGUGGUGAUGAAGACCUGCUCAAUGAAUGUGAUCCAAAUGAUCCAUGGGUUGUACUCACAGAAGGCAGUGAAUAUAAUGAUGAGUCUGAACAGAAGGUGAUUGGAAAAACUCUUGUGAAAGUGAGAAAGUUAAUUGCCACCAUCAAAACGUCGACUGUUCUAUCAGAAUAUAUCAAUACACUGAAAGAAAAAGAUACAUUCAAAGCACUUCGAAACAAGAGUCUCAUAUCCGAUUGUCCUACAAGAUGGAACAGUACCAGUUAUAUGAUCAAUAGUGUGCUCAAACAUAAACUCGUUCUUCAAGAAUUUGCCAAAACCUGCUAUGAAUUCAAUUUGCCUAGCAAUCAACGACGAAAACUAUAUGAGCUAGAGAUCAGCUAG